AUGGCGUCUUUAUUUCGCAAGCGCCGCGAGGCCGAGGAAAUAACGCCUAUCCCUGGCCCGCCUGAUGGCGAGUCUUCCUCAAUCGAAAAACUAAAGGGUCUCAACGAUUUCGACAAAAUCCACAAACUCGACCCGAAUAUGCCCAUCGAUGACCUUAAUGAAAUUGAGGCCGCAAUCGCAACAGGAAAUGAUGAGAAGGGUUUCGAUAUUGAGCACGCGCUCAUGGAGGACAACAGCCCAUACCCUGAGGUUCGUGCUGUUGUUCGAAAUUACGACGUCGAUCUUCCUGCGAACACUGUUCGCGCUUGGGUUAUUGGCAUGGUCCUCUGCGCCAUUGGAUCUGGGGUUAACAUGCUCUUCUCGCUUCGCAAUCCGAGUGUUGCUAUUACCACCUACGUGAUCCAACUCAUUGCUUAUCCGAUCGGUAGAGGCUGGGACUUGAUCAUGCCUGACAGGGAGUGGAACCUUUUUGGUCUCAAGUUCAAUCUUCGGCCAGGAAAGUUUAACUUCAAGGAGCAUGUUAUUAUUGUUGCCAUGUCCAAUGCUGCCUAUGGUGGUGGAUCGUUGUAUGCCACCGAUGUUUUGCUUGCACAGCAGCUCUUUUAUCACGAGAAUUUCGGCUGGGCUUUUCAGCUUCUAUUUGGAAUCACAUCAAUUUGCACAGGCUAUGGACUGGCCGGUCUGGCCCGGAGAUUUCUGGUCUGGCCCGCUUCCAUGAUAUGGCCUGCCGACUUGGUCAAUUGUGCCCUCUUCUAUACUCUCCAUGAUCACUCUCACUCUGAUCCCAGCAAGACUAAUGGCUGGAAGAUUGGCCGGUACAAGCUUUUUGUCAUCAUUGGCUCAGCUGCUUUCGUCUACUACUGGUUCCCUGGCUGGAUCUUCAAGGGCCUAUCCUUCUUCACCUGGGUUUGUUGGAUCGCACCCAAGAAUGUUACCGUGAACAAACUCUUUGGUGGAUGGUCCGGAUAUGGACUGAUGCCUAUUUCGUUUGAUUGGACUGUCUACAGCGGAUUUGUUGGAUCGCCUUUGAUUCCCCCUUUCCAUGCAAUUGCCAAUACUUUGGGCGGCACGAUCGUGUUUUUUGUCUUCAUUUCAAUGGGGAUUCACUUCAGUGGCACAUGGUACGCGGAUUACUUUCCCGUCCAGUCUUCUGAGUCCUACGACAACACUGGCGCAGUUUACGAUGUGAAGCGCAUUUUGGACUCAUCCAACCAGUUCAACGAGACAGCCUACAAAGAGUACUCACCAUUAUUCCUGUCAACCCAAUUUGCCCUUGCCUAUGGGCUCUCCUUUGCGGCUGUCGCAGCGGUUGUGAUCCAUGUUGCUCUCUACCACGGCAGAGAUCUCUGGAACCAAUUUAAGAUGGCACGCCACCAAGAGGAUGAUGUCCAUAUGCGCCUUAUGAAGAAGUAUCGAGAUGCCGAAGAUUGGUGGUAUGCAGCUCUCUUCAUCUGCAUGAUGGCUGUCUCCGUUGGUGUCGUUGCUGGCUGGCCCACUGGCUUCCCUUGGUGGGCUUAUAUCGUCUGCAUGCUUCUGCCCAUUAUCUGGCUGAUUCCGAUUGGUCUGAUACAGGCCAUGACCAAUGUUCAACUUGGCCUUAAUGUGUUGACCGAGUUCAUCAUCGGAUACAUGCUACCUGGCCGCCCACUCGCCAUGAUGAUGUUUAAGAACUACGGAUAUCUCUGCAUGUCUCAAGCGUUGUAUUUCGCUCAAGACUUGAAGCUUGGCCAUUACAUGAAAGUCCCCCCUCGAGUCAUGUUUGCCUCACAGCUUGUUGCCUCGAUCUGGUCAGCCAUUAUUCAGAUUGCUGUAAUGAAUUGGGCUUUGGCUAAGAUUCCCGACGUGUGUGAUCCUAACCAAGCCAAUAACUACACUUGCCCAGGAAGUCGCGUCUUCUUUACAGCCUCUAUUAUCUGGGGAGCUAUUGGGCCGGCUCGUAUAUUCAGCGGCUCCGCCCUCUACUCUUCUUUGCAAUGGUUCUGGCUUGUUGGGGCGGUUGCACCAAUCAUUACCUGGUUACUCGCUCGCCGAUGGCCCAAGUCUAUCUGGCGCUAUGUCAAUACCCCGGUUAUCUUUGGUGGUCCUGGGCUGCUCCCUCCCGCAACAGUGUACAUCUAUCUCUGCUGGGGAUCAAUGGGCAUGCUCUUCAACUACUAUAUUCGACGACGGUAUACUGGCUGGUGGCUUCAGUAUAAUUACAUCACCUCAGCUGCUCUGGAUUGUGGUUUGAUCAUGUCAACUCUGGUGAUAUUCUUCACCCUGUAUUUGACUGAAGUCAAACAUAUCCAGUGGUGGGGUCGCCGCUCUCUGCACGUCCAGAAGCACACAUGUGCCUCUUGCGGAUACCCCGCUGCUAAGACUCGCAAGUUCAACUGGAGCGAGAAGGGCAAGAGAAGAAAGACCACCGGCACUGGUCGCAUGCGCCACCUCAAGGAAGUGCCCCGAAAAUUCAAGAACGGCUUCCAGAACGGCGAGCCCAAGAACGCCCGCGGCGUCAACAAGGUCUCCACCGAGGCAUAA